CAAUCUGCUGUGCACAGAAAUUUCAUCAAGCGGUGCACAGCAAUAUUAUAUUUUUUAUAUGUGCUGCGUCAAAUGAAAGUGGCCCUAGGGAUACGCAGCAGCCUAGGUCCCAUAAGAAAUACUCGUGUUUGUGUGAGGUGCACAGCAAAUUCUGCUUAUUCGCAGUAACUCUCUCUCUAGCAACUUGAAUGAGGUGACAGCAAGUGACAAUUUGUGAAAAUAUUUCUAUGUGGUUUCAAUAAAUGUCAAUUUUUUCAUAUGUGAUUUGACAUAUGAAAGAUAUCUGUAUGCUUCUCGCACAACAAAAUACGACUUGUAUUCCAAAUUUUUACAUUUUUGAAAUGUCAAAAUGACAACAUGGGCAAAGUAAUAGAAACUGUGACCGAUUCAAUAGCCAUUGAAAUCCUGGAUAAUUUUACCAUAUUAACCAGUAAAGGCAACGAAUUACAUUUGUAUAGAAGGAAUCCCAAACAAGAAAACGUGUUUGAGACAGAAGUGCUGGACAUAAAACUUACAAAUAAAGUGCAUUGCAUAAGGAAGUCCACACAGCCUGAUGUUAAACUGUUAUUAGUUUAUGGUGAAAAGGAGUUUGCUUUACUGGAAUAUAGUGAAAACUAUGAAUUCAGAGAAUUUUAUAGGGCAGAAUUAAGUGAUUGGAUUAGUUGUGGUUUGUUUGUGAAUGCAGACCAAGAAGAAAUUGUGCUGCUAACAGCUCAUAGCAUAAUAUUGAGAUUUUCUUUAAAUGUUAAAGAAAACAAAUGCGAACUUAAGGAGCGGGUCUCUUGCACCGACAAGUCAACAUUAUAUUGUGCACAUUUAUAUGGCAAAAAUUGGGAUGAAUUGGUGGUAUUUGCUGGUAAUGCUUUUGGAGAGCUGCUUAUCUGGCAACCUAAACAGAAUGAGGAAAAUAAGGAAGAGCCUUUAAAACCUAAAGCAGCACCUUUAUUACACCGUAUUUCGGCCCAUAAUGGUGUUAUAUUUUCAAUUGAUUAUGACCAGUCUUCGCAAUGUCUUAUAACCACCAGCGAUGAUCGUGCCAUAAAAUGGUGGAAAGUUGAAUUUUCUUCUGAAGGCAACUGGACUGAUGCGAAGCUGCGAGCUUUAUCAAGUGGUUAUGGUCAUGUGGCUAGAGUUUUUCAAGGACGUAUUAUAAAAAAUGGUCCCAAUAUUUAUGCUCUCAGUGUGGGGGAGGAUUCGUACUUUUGUCUAUGGCAUAAAAAUGGACAACUUCUGUUUAAAAGACGCCAGCAAUAUGGAGCCACAAUUUGGAAUUUUGUCUACGACAAUAAUACUAAAACCAUUUACACCAUUGGCUCUAUAGGAAAUUUAGUGGCUUUUGGUUUAAGCCGAGUGCUGCAAGAAACUCAACUACCCCAAAAGGAAACUCUUUUACCAGCACUAACAGAGGGAGCUGCUACGGAAUAUAUAGCAAAAAUAAAAUUUCUAAAUGCUAAACAUUUAAUAGGAGUAACAAAUCAAAAUAAUUUAAUGACCUCCAUACAUAAGGGAGAGGAAUGGCUUAAUUGGGAAAAAGUGCCAAUAACAGUAAAUUUUAAAUGUACGGUAAUGGAAGUAUUUGAAAAUCGUAUAGCUAUAUGUGGCUACAAACGUUUGAUUAUCUUAGAAUGUCAAGAGAACAGUGGAGAGUUUAUACUAUUACAUGAUGAGGAGUUGCUUAAGAGUGUAAUAAGAAGUUUUGUGUUCUUUAGCAAACAGCAAUAUUUAUUAUGUGAUGAUCAAGGCAAUUGUUUAAUAUUUGAAGACUCGCUAAAUAAUAAACAAACUUUGGAAUUGCCCAAAUGCAAGGAACCUUGGCUGACAACGGCUGUAAAACUGCAGCAGCAACAAUAUAUAGUAAUAAGCAAUAGACAAGGCAAUUUGCUGCUGUAUCAGCUUCUACAAGAAACCAAUAAUUACGAUUUAAAACAAAUCAUAAAACACCCUCAUGGCAAUUUAGGAGCCACUAAUCUACACUGUCUGCAAGAAACCUUGAACUCGGCCUUAAUACGCUCUACUGGCCAUGAUGGUGCUCUAAAUAUCUUCUCAAUUGACUUAAUUAAUGCCACAAUGCAAACUUGCUCACGCCAAAUUAUACCCGUUUCCUGGGUUGAAUAUAUUGAAAAGUGCUAUAAUGAUUUGGAUUUAUAUCUAGGAUUUAAUGACAAUCAUUUUGUGGCUUGGUGUAAAGAAUUUGAUUUUCUGCUGCAGUUGCCCUGCGGUGGUGGUCACAGAUGUUGGCAUUUUAUGAUAAAUUCCAAGGACUUUAAAAUUUCUCUAGCAUUUAUCAAAAAUAAAAGAGUACGUUUUUACGAAAUGCCUUUAUUAAACAAAGAGUUAACCACUUUACCUUUGGCUAAACGUUGGCAUAUAGCACCCUGCAAUAUAAUGGAAAUAUUACCCAAAACUUCCCAUUCAUCGCAAAUAGUAGUAACAGCGGGAGAUGAUAAUCUGUUAAAAGUUCAUACCUUCAACCCAUUAAAUGGUCUUAAGGAGAGCAAAGAAUUACAUAAUCAUAUAUCGAAUAUAAGAGCCCUUAAACUUUUACCUUUAAAUGACAAUGAAUUCUUAAUAUUUUCUGGAGGCGGUCGGGCCCAACUUUGUGUUUCGAAAGUAAACUGUAGUAGUUACCACAUAAACGAAUUGAUUAAUUAUACUUUAAAACCGGAUAGCAGCAAUAAAACCAAUGAUAAAGAAUAUAAUUUUGAUCCCGAGACUCGUUUAAUGGCUUUGGACGUUAAAUCUGUAAAUAAGGAGGAAUAUGAAAUUUAUGUGGGUUGUUCCGAUGGUUUUAUAAGACAUUUAAAACUUAAUUUAAAAACCAUGGAAACCCAGUUGCAAACACAGUACUUCUAUGGCAAAUGCAUUCUACAAUUGAAAUAUUUAGCUGAUUUAGAUUUAAUUAUAGUGGCCGCCACUGAUGGCCUUUUAAAGUUCUAUGAUAGUAAAAUUUCGAAAUGUUGUCAUCAGUUGCAGCAUCACUCUAGUGGCAUAAAUGGUCUCGCCGUUUUAUAUAAUUCCUCAAAUAAUUGUUUAAAAAUUUUAAGUGGUGGUGAUGAUCAAGCUGUUUCUUAUACGGAAUUGUCAGUCAAAAAUUUGGACUUUGUGAUAUUAAAUGAAUUCCAUAAACCUUAUUUACAUACCGCUCAAGUCUGCGCUAGUGCCUUGAGUUCCUGUGGUCUAUAUGGGUUUACCAGCGGUGUGGAUCAGAUGCUGCAUAAACUUGAUUUGAAAACAGGUGAAGUUGUGGAUAGUUUUUACUCAUGUGUGGCCGAUAUUAAAGGUGUAGCUUUAGCCGAUUCCGAUGUUUGUUUGCUAUAUGGCUGUGGUUUGCAAAUUUAUGCAUUUAAUUGUUAAUAUUUGUAAUAUAAAAUGUUAGUUUUUAAUAAAUUGGAAAAAAAUUAAUAAAAUGAUCAUAUUAUUAAUAAACUUAACAAUUAAUUAAUAAAAUGAACAAGUUUUUAAUUAAAAG